AUGACGGACGACAAAAUGGUGGUGUUCGCAAGGCAAUUGUCCCAGGGCAGUGAAAAGUCCCCGAAAAGAGACACUGCACUGGAUGCAGUACGGCUAGAAUCUGCACUGGGUCAUAAACAAGAGCUGUCGCGGAACUUUGGACUGUGGAGUUUGACCAGUUUGGGAAUUGUCAUUGCAAAUUCCUGGGCGUCAACAGGUGGUACAAUUGUUGCUGCACUUCAAAAUGGUGGCCCCAUGGCCGUUUUGUACGGGCUGAUCCUGGUCAGUGUUUUCUAUACAGCCAUCUCGGCUUCCUUAGCGGAACUUGCCUCGUCGAUGCCUUCCGCUGGCGGUGUAUACUACUGGUCAUCGGUGUUGAGCCGCAGCCAGGGACGGGCAACGGGAUUCUUCACUGGAUAUUUGAACGCUUGCGCCUGGCUGCUGUCUGCAUCGUCCAUGAGUUCCAUGUUGGGAAACGAGGGUGUGGCCAUGUAUCUGCUCCGGAAUCCAACAGUGAAGUGGAAUUCCUGGCAGGUAUUCAUUGUGUUUCAGAUUGUCAAUUGGAUGUGUUGCGCCAUUGUGUGUUUUGGAAACCGAUUCAUUCCUCUAAUCAACCGCGUCUCCCUCAUUCUAUCCAUGUGUGGUCUCCUUACAACGGUGGUGGUUCUCGCCGUGAUGCCGAAAAACCACGCCAGCAGCGCACAGGUCUGGACUGAGUACCACAAUAACACGGGAGGUUGGUCAGAUGGAGUGUGUUUCAUGACCGGUCUCUUAAAUGCUGCCUUUGCUGUUGGAGUUCCAGACUGUAUCAGCCAUUUAUCAGAAGAAGUUCCCAAACCCGAAACCAAAGUCCCCCAAGGAAUAAUGCUCCAAAUGCUCACGGCUUUUGUCACAUCUUUCGUCUACCUUAUCGCCCUCUUCUACUCCAUCCAAGACCUAGACGCCGUCUUCGCAAGCAACAUCGGCUUCUUCCCAACCGCCGAGAUCUACCGACAAGCGACAGGCUCCAACGCAGGCGCAAUCGGCCUGAUCGCGGUACUUUUCCUAGCAACCUUCCCAACCCUAAUUGGCACAUUUGUGACAGGCGGUCGAAUGUGGUGGAGUCUGGCGCGCGAUAACGCAACGCCCUGUUCGAGCUAUUUCGCCCAAGUCCACCCAACCCUAAAAUGCCCUGUGCGUGCAACAGUCGCCAUGGGCGCACUCGUCACCUGCCUGGGAUGUAUAUACAUUGGCAGCACGACGGCAUUCCAAGCGUUGAUCUCGUCAUUCAUCGUGCUGAGCUCGUUGUCCUAUUUUGGUGCCAUCCUCCCCCAUGUCUUGUCCGGUCGUCAGAAUAUGGUCCCUGGGCCAUUCUAUAUGGGACAGAAUCUUGGGAUGUUCGUUAAUGUUGUUUCUUUGAUAUAUAUUUUGGUCACUGUGGUUUUCUUCUGUUUCCCAUUUGUGAUGCCGGCCACGGUUCAGAAUAUGAACUACACCAGUGUGAUCACCGUGGGAUUGAUGGUCCUCACUGCGUUUUGGUGGUUCUUCCGUGGCAGACGCCAAUACCAUGGUCCGCAUUAUAGUUUUGAGGCUGCGGAGAGGUUGGCUGCCUAUCAAGAUGGCAAGGAGGGCCGUCGAUCUUUUGUUGAUACUAUGAAUGGACCAACCCCGCGUGUUGAACAGGGGGAUGAUUGA